AUGGAACAAGCCAACACUUCGGGUGUCGAACCCGCGUUUCCUAUUCCGGCAAGUCUGCAAGACCUGGAGCGGGCACCGUACAACCUCUUGCCGUAUCCGAACGAUUUUGCGGACGAUGACGAGGCUACACGGGCUGAUUCCUUUCAGGCCCUCGUCUUUGGCCUCCAGCAAGGCAACGUUGCCUUGCGGUCGCAAGGCAUGAAUGUGUUCUUCAAUACCGACGAGCAAUGGUUGAGUGAAGAUCGUUUGCAAGCGCUUUAUACGCUAGUACGAAAAUUUGCAUCCUUGGCUCCGGCAACCAAAAAGGGCGUCGUGGAAGUCUUGGUUGACACUGUAAAGCUCUUGUCCAGUUUACUCGAACAGGAAUCCGAGACAGUGCCCCAAAGUUUUCGGGAUGCCGUUGCGGCGCACACCUACAUGCUCUUCUCCCUUUUGUUUUCAAGCGAGACCGCUGCUGCGGGGGAUCUCAACAAGAAAGAAUCGACCGAAAAGCAAAGCCUACGCGAAUCCUGCGUUGCCGGCCUCGUCUGCUUGACGGAAAGUAUGGCGAACAAUCGCCCGACGCUAUGGCAACGCGGAGUUCCCGACGAAGCCGUGAUUCUUUUACCCUGCCGGGUUGCCUACAUACUCUUGGAGCGCGCGACGGGGGUCGUGGCUCGAAAAGCCCUCUGCGGAGACGAAGCGCUGCGGAUGAUUGCACUCACGGUCGACUCCGCCGAAUCUGCGCUUGCUUCCAUAGCCGCCGCUUUGAUGGAUCUCAUGCACUCCCACGAACACAUGGCAGUCUUAACGGCCGAGCUUUGUAUCAUGGUCCAGGAACAACCUAGUAAUCGGUUGGCAAUUGAUUUGCUGCGAGAAUCGGGACGACUGGAAGGUGCGGACAUCAAAGCAAGUGGUAUAAAGCACGUGGCACCGUUUUUGAGCGAAUUGGCCAAGCUCCGUCCACGCCUUGUUCUAUCGCACUUAUCCCACCUUCUCCCGCACAUGGCCCGGGAACCCUACCAUAUGCGCUCAGCACUUGUCGCAGCAGCUGCCCACAUAUUGGAGUAUCUCGGAAAGCAUUCCCAGCAAGCUGAGACGACGAACCCAUCGAGCAAUCAAGACGCAGAAGAUGUCGCAAAAUCCGCACCCUUGGACGUGGCCAAAUCACAAGACGCCUUACUAGACUUGCUUACAGAGCGUGUCUAUGAUGUCAGCUCUUUUACUCGAUCGGCGACACUCAAAGCCUGGAUUGGAUUGGUCCAAAAUGGGACUCUGCCCAAAUCGCGUAUCGUACCGGUCACACGGAUGGCUAUGGAUCGACUACAGGACAAGACAGUCAUGGUGCGAAAACAAUCCAUGCAGCUCUUGACGACGCUUCUAGAAAAUAAUCCCUUUAUGGGAAGUCUCGAUCCGGUCCCUUACACUCGUAAGCUUAUGGAACUAUUUGAAUACGUAAAGAAAAAUCUACCGGAGAUAAUCAGAGAAGCGCAUGAGGCCUCACUUAUUGGAGUUGAAGACAAUGAUACACUGAGUGAGAUCGAGUUUGCGACUAUCAAGGCUACUAUUGCAGAGGUUGAGAGCUGGGAGAUCGAUACACUCAGCGAGUCGCAACAGGAUUUUUCUACCAAAAUAAAGGCUCUCAAGUAUACGCAGUCAGCCGUAGAUUUUAUCGAAGUAUUCGAGCAUGCCAAUACGGCGCUUGAAGGCAUGCUGCUGUCGGCAAAUACCAGUGAUGUGACAGAAGCCCUACGAUUCUUUGUCCAGGCUCGGCAUUUCCAACUACCCUGCGCCGUGACUGGGAUGAAACGUGCCUUGGCUCUCAUGUGGUCAUCGGAGCAGAGCAUCCGAGACGAAGUCCUCAAAGCGUUUGUCGAUGUUUUCAUCGCCAAGCCAGGGACGGACGGGUCCGAACUUUUGCCAGAUCACGACAUUGCCAAGAACCUUUUGGUACUAAGUGGAAAGUCAUCGGUCAGCGAGUUGGCAUCCGUCGAAGAAGCCGUCAUACGACUUGUCAAGGAAGAUCGAAUUCCUGCCGAGGUUUUCUUGAUUCUUUGGUCGAUUGCUUCCAAAGGGUCAGGGGAAGCCCGAGCUGCAGCACUACAGCUACUUUCAAUGGGUGCUGGAGCCGACCGUACCAUAGUUGACAGCAAAAGUCGGAUCAAGCUGUUAUUGGAAGCUGGUCUUGGAGACUACACCCAAGAUCGGAAUGAUUGGCGAUUGGCCGGGGCUGCAGCCAUAGUACUCCAGCGUAUUGACCGCGCCAAGGUUGAUCCAUCAGAUGCAAAAUUUUUGGUUCUGGAGCGUGUCAUUGAGGAGUUGAGUACGGUUGCUCGUGGGGACUGGUGCAGAGAUGACACACCAGUAGACACACUUCAAUGGUUUUCUGCAGCGGAGCAAACCAUCAAAGCACUGUUUGUUAUUUGCCCUGAACCAGAGAAGGCCUGUUCCGAUAUUAUCCUGGGCAUGCACGAAACUACCUUCCGCGGUGCCGACCAAUGUCACCCUUUACGUCUAGCUCGCUUCUUCCAUGUACUCGGUCAGAUUGCACUUGAGCUUCUAGUCUAUACAGAGUCGCUCAGUGGAAGUGUUCGUCGAGCAAACGCUCGAAAAUCUUUAAAGAAGCAAGAACAAGCUGACCAGGCGAAGGGGAAGAAGAUAGGCUCCAAUUCUGGGGACGACGACAUUGAAGCUGAGCUUGGUAUGGCAGCUGAAGUCGAGGCAGAGAAUGAGCGAAAACUGGCCGAUAUCUCGGAGAAUGAGAUUCUCGGACGUGGAUUGGUUAGCGUGUUUGCCCCCCUUCUAGUUCGCGUCGUUGGCAACGACGGCGGGAAGUUUCAGUCGGAGGUGCUCAUGCAGUCUUGUACACUUGCUCUCUGCAAGUUCAUGUGCGUGUCUAGCUCGUUUUGUGAAAAGCACCUUUCUUUGUUGUUUAAGGCAUUGGCAAACGCCCCGGCAGAAGACACGAUAAUGAGGGCCAAUACGGUCGUUGCUCUCGGUGAUCUGGCAUUCCGAUUCCCCAAUGAGGUGGAGCCAUACACGCCCCGUCUCUACGCUUGUCUCCGAGAUUCAUCGACAAAAGUGCGUAGGCACACCUUGAUGGUUUUGACGCAUUUGAUUCUGAACGACAUGGUCAAGGUGAAGGGGCAGGUCUGCGAGAUUGCGCUCUGCCUUCGCGACGACGAUCCAAGAAUUCGAGAUAUGUCCCGUUUGCUUUUUCACGAGCUCAGCAAGCGAAGCAACAACCCAAUUUACAAUCUUCUACCCGACAUUAUUAGUCAGCUGAGCCUUUUGCCAAACCGAAAGGAGGAUUUUCGAGGUAUUAUGUCCUUCCUGCUUGGCUACAUCAAAAAGGAACGACAGAAUGAAAUGCUCACGGAAAAGCUUUGUCUUCGUUUCCCGAAGUGCACGACUGUUUCACAGAAAGCGGACCUUUCUUAUUGCAUCGCACAACUCAAACUGAACGAAAAAUCGAUCAAGUGCCUUUCAGACAACUUUAAACUUUACAAGGAGGCACUUCACGACGAUGAUGUCAGGAAGUCCUUUGAUUCAAUGAUCUCAAAGGCUAAAAAGUUCAUGAAGCCUGAGCUUCGACAAUUUUUGGAAGAGUGGGAGUCGAAACUGAAGGAAUUUGCCGAGCUCGGUGCAGAAAAUGAAUUGGCCGGCGCAAAGGCAGCCAAGGCGAAGAAGCGCGCCUCAAAACGCGCAGCACGGAAGCAGCUGGAGGCUGUGGAUGAGAUCGAAGACGAGCUGGAGUUCGAUGAAGGUAGCGUAGAAAAAGAGAAUACACCGGUGCGGACAUCAAGAAGGGCCCGCAAAAAUGUUGUUCCAAUGUAA